AUGCCUUGUAGUUGUAGUGAUUAGAAUGGAAUUUCAAUUAUCGAAGAGCUGGGUAUUUAGAGGAAUAUAAAUUAUUUUAUAAAAAUAUUUAUUAGAAGGUUUCAAUUGAAUAUGAAUGAUAUACAACAUCGCAAUCAUUAUUAUAACUAAGUCAAGACAAUGGCACUAACAGAUUUUUUAGGGAAUUGUGAAUUUAUAAAAAAAAUGCUGAACUUGGGAAGAGGAAGUAUUGAUGCAUACAUUAGAUCCUUAAAGAAAAGAAAUUACAAAAAUGAUAAUAAAUCUAUUAUGGCUGCUCCAGAAAAAAACUUUUCGAUUAAUAUAAAGUGGAUUUUAAAGCAGAAAGAUCAGUUUCAGAUAACAUUAAUGAUGAAACAAUACUUACUACUAUAAAGGUUAAGCUUUAGAUUCAGUAAUAAUCUAAAUCAAUUAUAAUAUAUUAUAACCUAAUCGAUAAACUUUUGA